UUCCUCGUGAGGCGGACGGACCUGCCGGCUCGGCGCUGUCGUCUGAAGACAUGUGCACCCGGGGGAGGCGGCACUGAUCGCAGUCACUGCUGCUGCGGGCCGGUUGGACUCGGUUCAGUCACAGCUUCUGGAGCAGGCUGGACCGGCCCCGGCUACUGUGCCGCCGAAGCUCACGCACUGAACGGACCUGCGGCUGCUGAGACGACUGCAGUCCCAGCCUCUGUGGCCUACCUGGUCUGACCUGACCCGAGCCGACCCCGUCCGCGCUCUCCGUCGUCACCAUGAAGAUCAGCUACGUGACAUGUCGCAUCCAGUAUCUGCACGACGUGGACCCGUUCGGCGGCUGCGCCGGCCUGGAGCCGGUGCGCCCGCCUUCGUACGUGUUCAACACUCGGCUGCCGCUGGUCAGCCAGCUGCCGGGCGUGCACCGGAAGCUGGAGGCGCCGCAGAAGCUGUCGGACGCCACCAUGCAGGUGUACAAAGACGGGGAGCUGGGUAGCUACCUCGACCUGGAGGCGUCCAUCAGCGAACAGCACGAGGAGUUCGAGGGCUUCGUUGACAACCCGAAGAACGCGCUGGUGGUGCGGACGCAGCUGUCGGUACGCUGCCACGCCAUCAUAGAAAAGCUACUGAAUUCGCAAGAACGAGACCUGAGAAGAGCCCUCUUCUCACUCAAGCAAAUAUUUCAGGACGACAAGGAUCUCGUGCACGAGUUUGUCAACAACGACGGUCUGGCGUGUCUCAUCAAAGUGGGGCUGGAGGCGGACCAGAAGUACCAGAACUACAUCCUGCGAGCUCUGGGCCAGGUGAUGCUGUACGUGGACGGCAUGACGGGCGUGAUGGAGCACGGCGAGACGGUGCAGUGGCUGUACAGCCUGCUGGACUCGCAGUACCGGCUGGUGGUCAAGACGGCACUUAAGCUGCUGCUCGUCUUCGUGGAGUACACGGAACCGAACGGACUCCUGCUGGUCCGUGCCAUCAACGCCGUCGACACAGAAAGAGGUCGGACGCCCUGGCACGGCCUGAUGUCCCUGCUGCGCGGCGGCGAUUCGGCCGACUCGGAGCUGCUCGUGUUCGCCGCCACGCUCAUCAACAAGGCGCUGAACGCCGUUGACGACCAGUCGACCUACUACGACCAGACGGACCGGCUGGAGCAGCUCGGCAUGGAGGCCAUCACCAACAGGUACCUGGCGAGGGCUGACACUGAGCCAGAGCUGGCCCAGCAGCUGCAGAUCUACGAGGCCGUGCUCAAACGGGAGGACGGCGAGUCGGACGGCUCCAGCAUACCCGCGGACGCUAGUAUGAGGACGCUGCCCCGCAGCCGCAGAUCGCCGCCGGCCGAGUCCGACGAGCGGAGGCGCUCGAUGCGCUUCUCCACGCGCCGGACCUCGCCCGACUCGCCCAGCUCGCCGGAGGAGCACGAGCCCUCGUUCAGCUUCUACCGGCCGGUGGGCGAGAGCUGGUCCGUCAGCGAACGGAGGAGGGUCUUCAGCCGCAACGCGCCGGCCGCCGGCGUCGAGAUCAACGGCCUUACCGGAUCUCAGCAGGACCCGGUCAACUUCUCGGAGAUGGGCGUGACGCCCGGACUGCGGCGGCGCCGGGAACGUCAGGAGCGGCAGCGCAGCUUCAUCCGCGAGCAGGAGGAGCGCGGCUCGAGCUCGCCGGAGAAGGAGGAGGCCCGGCGCACCGACCAGCAAAACUGGAAGAACACCCAGAUGAGCCGGCUGGAGGUGCCCGGCUCGGCGCCGCUCUCGCGGGAGUCCAGCUCGCACGGCAUACAGCCGGAGCUGGCGCCGGGCCCGCUGCUGCGCUCUGAGUCGGGCGUCCUGAAGAAGCCCUGGGUGCUGGGCAUGAUGUACCAGAAGGCGGCGGAGGAGGCGACACCGGAGCCGGAGCCGGUGGCGGAGGACGGGCCGGCCGAGCAGCGGCGGGCCGACCUGGAUCUUGACCUGAAGCCGGACAGCGUGCGUGACCUACGCCAGAAGCUGCUGAGCCAGCCGAGUCCGCUCUCGCCGGCCGAUGAGCAGAGGCCCGGUCGCAUCGGUGACUCCAGCGGCAUCAUCUCCAAGGCCAAGGAGGAGCUGUCACGCUCCAAGAGCAAGCACGACCUCAAGAGUCCGGAGGCGGUGCGGCAGGUGCAGGAGGCGCCCAAGAAGUCGGAGAACGACCUGCACUGGGAGCAGCUGAUCCGCAGCCUCGAGCGGCCGCUGGUACUCGCCGACCUCGACUUCUCCGACCUGAACGAGCGCGACGACGCCGACCUGCCGGUCUUGUCGCUGUCGAUGAACGGCGGUCCGCCACCGCCGCCUGGCGUGCCGCCGCCGCCGCCGCAACUUCCGGGGAUGCCACCACCGCCGCCGCCGCCGCGGCUGCCCGGCAUGCCGCCUCCGCCGCCGCCGCCGGGGCCCAUCUCCCGGCUGACGGCGAGCACCACCGAGGCGUGCAGCCAGUCGUCCUUCUACCGCAACAGGACCAACGGCCACAGCUCCGCCCGGCCAGCCAAGACCAAGAAGACGGUCAAGCUGUUCUGGAGGGAGGUGCGCGACGACUUCGUGCCGGCGAACCAGACCACCAUCUGGGACGAGAUUCCGCAGGUGGCCGUCGACACCCAGCAGCUGGAGCACCUGUUCGAGUCGCGUGCCAAGGACCUGGUGGUGAAGGUCAGCAGGAGACCGAAGGGCACCAAGGAGAUCGUAGUGCUGGACCACAAGCGGUCCAACGCCAUCAACAUCUGCAUGACCAAGCUGCCGCCGCCGCGGACCAUCAAAACUGCCAUCCUGAAGAUGGACGCUACCAUCAUCAACAAGGAGGGCAUCGAGAAGCUGCUGUCGCUGCUGCCGUCUGACGAAGAGGUGAGCCGCAUCAGCGAAGCCCAGGUGUCCAACCCGGAGCUACCGCUGGGCUCGGCAGAGAACUUCCUGCUCACUCUCGGCUCCAUCUCGGAGAUCGCCGCCCGCCUCAAGCUGUGGGUGUUCAAGCUCGACUACGACAACAUGGAAAAGGUUGGUGCCGAGCCGCUGAUGGACUUGAAACAAGGCGUAGAGCUGCUGAGUAAGAACAAGACUUUCAAGUCCAUCCUUGCCAUACUAAAGGGCAUUGGGAACUUCCUGAACGGCACAGAGGCGAAGGGCUUCAACGUGGACUACCUAGCCAAGGUGCCAGAGGUGAAGGACACGGUGCACAAGCACUCCCUGCUGCACCAUCUCUGUCACAUGGUGAUGGACAAGUACCCAGAAUCGUCUGACCUUUACUCAGAGGUGGGCCCCGUCACGCGCGCCUCGCGCAUCGACUUCGACGACGUGGAGGCGACCAUCCGUCGGAUGGAGACCGAGUGCAAGUCGUCUUGGGACCACCUGAAGCUGAUCGCCAAGCACGACGGGCCCACGCCGAUGCGGCAGAAGGUGUCCGAGUUUCUGGCCGACUCUGCGGAGCGGAUCAUCGUGCUCGGCAUCAUCCACCGCCGGGUCAUCAACAGGUUCUACAAGUUCCUCUCGUGGCUGGGCGUGCCGCCGCACCAGCUGCGGGACGCCAAGCCACGCCACUUCUGCAAGAUCAUCUCGGAGUUCGCGCUCGAGUACCGCACGACCCGGGAGCGCGUGAUCCAGCAGCUCGAGAAGAAGGCCAACCACCGCGAGCGGAACAAGACGCGCGGCAAGAUGAUCACAGACACGGGUCAGCCGUACGACCCGGCGUCCGGCGCCGGCUCCCGUCUGCGGCUCCGCACGCAGCGCACCACCGAGGAGAAGGCCGACGCCGACCUGAAGCAGCUGCUGGGCACUGGCGACGCCUCCGAAACGGACACCCUGCGCGGCACGCUGCCCUGGCGCCGCAAACGCCAGAGCCGGGCUGGUCACGGAGACAGUCAGGUCGAGGGCGACGACGAGAUCCUCGAGUCGUUGGUGAAGUCGGCCACGCGCGGCCCGUCGUCCCGCUCGGGGCCCAGGGAGCGGCGCCGCACCUCCCGCAACUCGGAGCGAAAAUCAUUGCGUCGGACGCUGAAGAAUGGCCUGACGGAGGAGGAGCAGCGCUACCUGGUGGCUCUGGCUGCCAAGGUGCAGCACUGCUGAGCCGCGCCCAGAGCCAGAGCCGCCCGGCGUCCAGGCGGAGUGGUAUCGUGACGGACCAGCGCGCCGUGUCGUGGCCGGCUGGGCCGGGACGACCGAGUGGCAACACCCUGCUGGAGCCGUCGCCGCCGCCCACAGAACCGACCAGUGUGUGUCUAGUCGCAGGAGAGGACAUACAGCGCGACUGGCAGAUGGGGAGCCGGCGUUCGCUGUUAGUGUAAACACGGGGCCGCUGGCUCGACCGCAGGGCACCCGCUCGCUGGUGACGGAGCCUCUGCAGGCGCGUCCUGCAGCCGCGCGCGUGGCUUCGCUGAAACACGCUGCUUCUGAGAAAAGCGUCGUGCUCUGGUCUGCGGUCCCUGGGGCACGCUGACAUGACGUAUCGGUUGAUAUCGUGCGGUCACGGACGACAGCCUGUUGAGCAGUGUCAAUAAGAGUUGGUUGUACUUUUAUACUAGGCCCCGCGGGACAGCAGCGCCUGACGCUGUGUCCGUGAGCAGGCCUCCCGCGUGUGUGCCCGUGCGCCGUGUACUGAGUGAGCGGAUGGGUCGGUCGGAGGCCCGCGCGUGGGGCGCCGCCGUUCCCGGCAGUCCCGGAUUGAGUGCCUGACUGUGAUAUUUCCCGCAAUGUGACUCGUGCGCGAC